AUGAUUCUCGAUGGGUCUGAAAGUAGCGAUUCUAAAGUCGCGCCAACAAUUCAUGAUGAAGUUUCGGAAGUAGGUUCCCAGAGUCCACCCCCCUAUGCGCCUAGCUCUGCUUUUACUAUAUCAAGCGACCAAAAGCCACUCCCUACUCCCCCUCAAUCACCUCCUGCCAGUUCGGCUGGUGAUUAUGAUCCUGGAUUACCACACGGACUUCCUCCUCCGUGUAACUAUCUUGUUCAGCGCCGAUCUAACGAUAGCAUCAAGGGGACGUGGUAUGUUGACCCUACCAUGCCCAUUCCCGAUGCUCUGCUCCCAUCAAUUGAGAGUUUCGAUGGCUUGUGGAACGAAUCGGACCAGAAAGCCAGGAAGGAACGGAAAAAGCUGGAGAAGAAAGGCAAACGUCGCGACGAAAUCUUACCCGCUCCCAAUGCUAUCCGCCCAAAUCUUCUUCUGAGCUCUAACAACGGCAGUAUCAAUGCCAAGGUACAUGUCGUUUCAAGUGACGGCCAACCGCGCACAGGCUUGAUUAUAGCCGAGGGAUCCAACGGUUCUAUUGUUUUAGACAUUAAAACUUAUGCGCCUCAGCCUUUGCGCAUUUUCGCAAUCUCGGAAAACGGUUCCGUUCGAGUUAGGCUUCCACACACUUUCGAGGGUGCAGUUACGGCGAGCUCGAAAUAUGGAAGCAUUAAAAUAUCAGACUCUAUUAAGUCUCGCAUGACCACGUUUUCGACUUUAUCCGACACCACACGCGCAUUUAUUGGAGACUGGCAAGCUGUUGGGUUCGGAGCAACUCCUUCGGUUUCUUCAGCUAAUCCCAACGACGACCGUCCGACUCCUACCACCGUACCCGACCCAUUUACGAGCUGGUCAGGCCCUAGCGUGCACAUUGCUUCACGGUGCGGCAGCGUUCAUUUAUCUUACUCGGAGGAAACUCGAGAUGAGGAGGACGUAAGCGGAUUCGCAAAUGCAUUCAAAGGGUUUAUGAGCGGCUUGUUUGGGGCGAGUGGGGAUGUACGGGAAGGGCCCGGAGGGAGUCAGCAGAGUAGAAAUCCUUGGGGAGAGGGGAGGUUUCCACGGGGGAACGGACCACCCUGGGGACAGGCGCCUCCUGGGGUGCCUCCCAUGGGUCCAUUUGGUGCAUUUGGCCCAUUCGGGCGAGGUGGUCCACCCUUUGCUCGUGGGGGAGGACCGUUUGGGAGGGGUGUGGAUCUUAUAGGCGAGGGGCAUUUGGCAGUAAUUCCCCCGGUUGUUCGCGAAGUGGCCUAG